UUAACUGCUCUAUCCCUACGAAGGCAUCGAUUCCCAUUUAGUUUUAUGAUUACUGGCGAUCAAUUACCUUCCUCUUUUGAAAAUAAUCAUUGCUAUAUACGUUAUUCAUUGCAAGCUUGUAUUGAAAAAUUGAAUGAAAUAGAUCAUUCUGCUAGUAGAGUUUUUACACUAUUGGAGAAUAGUGAUGUGAAUCGUUCAGAAUAUAAGAUGCCUCCACCAAUCUUUGAGAAAGAAACUUACUUUCGUUGUUACAAUUGUCGUUCUGGUCCAUUGCGAUUAUUUGCAAAUAUUGACCAUAGUGGCUAUGUUCCUGGUGAUACCCUUAAUCUUGACGUAACCAUCGAGAAUUCUACCGAUGCAACUGUCGAUCGGAUGAAUGCUUCUUUAAUGCAGUGCAUUACUAUUAAGGCUCAGAAUGGUUACCAAAAUGAGCGAAGAACUUGUGUUUCUGUUCAGGAUGAAGAAUCGGUUCGGCCUGGAGAUGUUAAAAGGUGGGCCAAUAAAUCUAUCAUCAUUCCAAAUCUUACACCUACCAUUCGCAGCAGUGGCGUUAUUAAAUUGGAUUAUUUAUUAGAGGUUGGUAUUUAUUUCUGGGCAUUUUAG